GUCAGGCACUGUUGCAGUAAUUACUUCUGAUGGAAGAAUGAUUGUGGGAACCCUCAAAGGUUUUGAUCAGACGAUUAACUUGAUUUUGGAUGAGAGCCAUGAGCGAGUGUUCAGUUCUUCACAAGGAGUUGAACAAGUAGUGCUGGGAUUAUACAUUGUAAGAGGUGAUAACGUUGCUGUCAUUGGUGAAAUUGAUGAAGAGACAGAUUCAGCUCUUGACUUGGGCAAUAUUCGAGCAGAACCUUUAAACUCAGUUGUGCAUUGAAAAGAUGGAAAUGCAGAGACUUUGUAAAUCUUUGGUUGUACAGACCUAUUUAAUAAUGUGGACAGUUUUUAUAAACUAUGCUUAAUUUCGGUCACCUUUUUUUUUAUCAUGAACAUGUUGUAGUUUUGCAUGUAAAGUAAAGUUUCUAUGUUUUACUAAA